UCUACUGUACAAAUAUUUAGGUCUAAACCUGCCUCGGCGUCGGACCAGAGAGGAGAAUCCAGCAGAGAGGCGGAGUACUAAAGCAUCCUUUGCCGAAAUAGCAGCUGAGAAUUCAAAGACUCCUGAGUCAUGCUUUUUCUUGGAAUCUUGACGCUGCUUUCGUUUCAAACACUGCCCGUGAAAACUGAUUUUCAAGAUGAAACCAUCACAGAGUUUUCUGUGAACCUGUACCACCAACUGCAGUCUGCAGGAAAUGAAGAAAAUAUCAUCUAUUCCCCGCUAAGCAUUGCGGUGGCUCUGGGGAUGGUUGAGCUUGGGGCCCGGGGUUCAACUUUAAAAGAAAUAAGACAAGUAAUGGGCUAUGGCAACUUGAAGGGCGGGGAUGAGUUCCUUUUGCUGAGGAAUCUCACUCAGUCCUUGGUGGUAGAUGAAAGUCAGUAUGUGGUUAAACUGGCCAACUCGCUCUUUCUACAAAACGGUGUCCACUUUAAUGAAAACUUUGUGCACAUGAUGAAGAAAUACUUCCAUGCAGAAAUUGAAACUGUGGACUUCAGUCAGUCUGCUGCUGUGGCUGAUCAUAUAAACAAGUGGGUGGAAAAUCAAACGGAGAACAAAAUCCAUGAUCUUUUAUCGGCCGAUGACUUCAGCAGCGUCUCUCGGCUGGCCCUUAUCAAUGCCAUCUAUUUUCGAGGAAACUGGAAGAACCAGUUCCGCCCAGAGCACACGCGCACCUUCUCCUUCACUAAAGAUGAUGGGAACGAAGUGCAGACUCUCAUGAUGUACCAACAGGGAGAUUUUUACUAUGGUGAGUUCAGUGAUGGUACUUCAGAAGCCGGCGGGGUUUAUCAAGUGUUGGAGAUGCCAUAUGAAGGCGAAGAGAUGAGUAUGAUGAUCGUUCUACCGAGGCAAGAAGUGCCUUUAACCACACUGGAGCCCAUAAUUAAAGCCCAACUCAUUGAGGAAUGGGCAGGUGCUGUGAAAAAGCAAAAGGUAGAGGUGUACUUACCAAGGUUCAAAAUAGAACAGAAGAUUGAUUUGAAAGAAAGUUUGCAGGAUCUUGGUGUAAAGAAAAUGUUUACAAAAGAUGCAGAUCUCUCUGCUAUGACUGAUGGAAAAGAUCUCUUCAUUGGAAAAGCAGUUCAAAAGGCUUAUCUUGAAGUAACUGAAGAAGGGGCAGAAGCUGCAGCUGCUUCAGGGAUGAUUGCACUUACAAGGACUUUAAUACUGUAUCCACAAGUAAUGGCAGACCACCCAUUCUUCUUCGUCGUAAGAAACAGAAAGACAGGCACCAUCCUUUUUAUGGGAAGGGUUAUGAACCCUGAGGUGAUUGAUGCAAAUGUUCACGACUUUGAUGCUCUGUAAUUGACCUGAUCAUGUCAAAGUGUGGCAGUCGGUUUGCAAGUCACUUCUUCGUUGUUACUGUGUGUUUAUAACAUCAUUUGAUAGGUUUGGUAUUGUAAUGCUUCAACUUUAGCCGUUAAGGGCAGUUAUCGUACUGCAUUGCUGCUGAAUAUGUAGAACAAGAAAUAUAUAAUAUAUAUUUUUUUUUCCAUGGAAAAGAUACUUAUAAAGGCUUCUUCCAUAAUUAAUUGGCCUUAUUAUGCUUUGCUUUGGUAUAACAGGUGUGGGUUUGAUGAAAAUAUAAAAUCAUAAUGUGUUUUAUAAUCAGUUGUCAUAUUCUGCAUUUAAAAAAAAAAAACAGUAGAUAUUUCAGCGCUGUGUGCAGUAUUGUAAUUACAUGAGAAAUAAAGAAAUUUAGUAGAUGUGUUAACCUGUUUUAAGUAAUAUAGUAAUGUUUCGGUUAUGAUUUUGUUAAUGUGAAUGUGUACAAGUACACAGAGGCUGAAAUGUCAUUAAUUAUUUGGGCUGCAUAUUUUUAACAUGGAAAUGGUUAGACUCUGCUUAUGAUGAACAGAAUGCAAAUGUGUACAGAUUUUUUUUUUUUUUUUUUUUUUUAAAGUCUUGGUUCAUGAAAUCGCUUAUUUAUAUUUACUUAAUUUGUUGUUAUAGAGGCUUAAAUCUAAAAGAUACACUUUUUUUUCUAAACAAAUAAUAUAUAUAGAACAUAAUCUUGGCAGGUAUGUGCAUAACAAAACAAGAUGCAGUAGCAUUUCAUUCUACGGUAUGUAAAACAUCUGCAGAAUCUUUGAAGAAUAUAUCAAUGUAGCUGGAUCCCAGCAUGAACUAAAUGAAAUUCAAUUGAUACAUUUCACAUAAAUAAUACAUCACUCAACAACUGAAUGAGGCUUCCUGUAAUAUCUGCAUUUACUCUACAGCUGGUUUCACAGGACCAUAUUAGUGUCCAAAAUAGCAAAUCAUCUUUUUGCGUUAUGAAUUGUGCAACAUUUCUUCCAAUCUCCGUUCACAUCAGAGUUUGGACAAAGCUGCAUGUGAAAAAGUGCCUGCUGUGCACCUAGUCGUAUUCCCAGCUAUCCCAUUCUGCCUGAGAUUUGCAUGAAUUAAAUUCCAUCCAUAACCGUCUGGCUUUGCACAGAUUGGCACUAAGUGAUACCUCUUUAUUUACUGCUAACGCUGUCAUUUCUCUCUGCAACUCUAUAUAUUAAAGAAGUAUAUUAAUAUUAUAUACUACAAUAAAUGUAAUAUUGUGCAGAACUGAUUAAUGCUGUUUUUAAAUGAUUUAAUGAAGGGCAGUUGCUAAAAACCAACAUUUAGUAUUUUUCUUUAUUGUUUUUGGUUACUAUUUUUAAUACUUAGUGGCAGCAUUAUAACAUAGAUAGAUAAAUAGAUUAUAUCUGGAGGAACUGAAUACACCCUGGGGUGUACAUCUUAAAAAUAAAUAAGUAUUACAUUAGUAACCUCGACCUCUGAAGAUCUGACAAUAAACAGUACAGUGUUUUCUGCAAGACACCUGAAAAUACGGAAUCUUGCCAUUUGAUUUAACCAUGUCAAAGGAAGCCUCAUUAGCACAGCUGAACCCAACCUGAAGGAUAACAGCCAAGAUUAGAUGCCAACUGGGUGUUGUUCAGUAUCAGGACUGACCUGAAGUACCACUUGCCCUCUUCUAAGCCCAGGACUUUACCUGGAAUCCCAAUCCUUGGCCACAGACAGUUGGAGUCUUUUUUCCAGUAAGACAGUAGGAAUUGGAACUCAUGUAAAGCUUGUUUUAAAAUAUAUAUAAUUACAUGCCCAUCUCUCGCUUUCAGGUAAAUACCAUGGUAAUUAAUUAUAUAAAUAAAAGCAUCUUACAGGGGGACAUGACUCAGCCGUAAUAUUACUUGUUGCUAGAUUUUAAGAUUUUUAUUUGAGCCCGCACUCGUCUUACCUGAGCUUUCCAAAGUGUGCUCAUAGGACACCCUAUAAAGUGUGUCUCGCAUUAAAGCAAUGAGAAGAUUCAACAGUAGAAUGAAUGCAAAAAACAUGUAGAGCGCGAUGCUUAUAUUAGGCAUGGUCACAGGAAGAUCAGUCAGACCCAUCAUCAGCUGAUACAAGGUGAAGACAGUCACGGGAAAGCUACUGAAGUGCUCAUAGGCAUCUGGGUUCAGAGACUGGAAGUGGACAUCAAAAGUUAAACAAGAAGAAUAUAGCCGCAGUAAACACAGUCCGCAUUAACAUAACAGAAUUAAUAGAAUAAACCCUUUAUAUUGUGCAUGCAUAUAGUAUUUAGUAUGUAUAUAAGUAUACAGAUAAUUUUGAAACAAAACACCAGCUCCACAGCCAAGAAUUACAAUGAUCAGUAUGCAACACAGUCUCAUCAGAUCAGGAAGAUCAUCUGAAAAAUAUAUUAAACUAUUACUGAGGGCAAAAAAAAUUAUACUUUUUUUUAUACUUUCCAUAACUCAUGCAAUGUAUUCUAAGAGUCAAGGGACUGUUAUGAAACAUGACAAAUGGCUCCAAACCCUUUUUAUAAAUAGUUAACAGUUCAUGAGUACCAAAUCUUAUUUUAACAAAAAAUGUCUUCAUAUAAAGGUCACGAAUAGGUAAUUCACAUACUGUCUAUACCGUCAUAAACUAUAGUAACAUCUAUAGAAAAAAAUAAUAAUUAAAUUGUACAAUUAUUAUUAUUGUCCACAAGGAAGUUGAACUGGUUCUAGCAUAAGUACAGGACUGCUUGGCGUUUGCCUUAAAAAGCUUUGCAUUUAUAUUGGAAAAACCAAAUUAAAUAUGUGGGAAAAUGUAAAGUUCUCAUUUCCUGCUACAAAGAUUUGAAAGAGUGAAGACACCAUCAUCUAAUAUGGACAAGAUCGGAAUUUGUAAUGGAAUAUCAGAUCCAGUUUAAUACACCACCGCAAAGAGCACAGUUUGUGUAGAAAUGGUAGACCGUUUUCAAUCUUUGCUUGUUUGCAAUGCUCUCCAAGUACUGAACCUUUUCUUUGGUAAUGAGAGACACCAGAAGAUUAUACAUCUUACAGCCCAUGCUCUUAUUAGGGUGUAAGUCCAGCACGGGGAACACAGUGUUUCCUAUAAAACAUAACACAAAAUAAAUACUGUAGGUUAACUACAAAAGAACUGAACAAUAAACCCAUCACACUAAACAUUUUAGCAUCCAUUCCUGCGACAUACAAAGCCAUCCCGUUUAGCAGCAAAAACAAAGGCUCAAAUGGAUUCUCAAUGAUGUGCACCGUUGGCACUAGACAUGGAAGGGAAGCUAAAACUACGAGAAGAAAAAUUAUUUUUUGUGUGUUGCACUGUAAAAGCACAGUGAAAGCAUGGUAAAAAAAAAAAAAAAAAAAAAAAAACUUGAUACAUAAUUCUAUUAAGAAUUGCCACUGUUACAAAUGUUAUUGUGAUGAAAGGAUUUGGUUGUUCACUUUUUUUUUUUUUUUUUUAAUGCUAAUUAAAAUAUCAGCAAGGCAAUGUUAUCUCAAAUACAGUACAAUGCUAUAGGUACAUUCCUGCAUCCUGGUGCUGUACAUGUACAUCAGUAUAUAUGAGACCUAAAACUUGUACAGUAUACUUUGUAAUGCUCAAUAAAUAAAUAUUAUUAACAUUCAAAUAUCUUGGCUGUCUUGGCAGUAAAAAGGGUCUCUGCUUUCAAUCAGCAGCUGAAGAAUUCCUUCAUUCCCAAUACAUGCUGCAAAUGUCAGCACAUACUCUUCUGAUGGAACAAUGUUAUCUUUUAAUAGCUUGGCCGUUGUUUUUUAAGGGCAUCUACACAAUAUCCCCCUCACCACUGAUUAUCUAAUGACUUGUUUGCUAAUUUGAGUUCCUCUCCUGUAUGAAUGCUCAAACUACCAUCAGCAACAUCUGCCUCAAUCCACCACCACAAAAUUUGAACAGUUCUUCCCCUUGUCACCCUCGUUUGUCUAAACAGCGACAGGAAUUGGGAACAAAUGGAUUGUGCGCCCUAGGAGAAGAGUGACAGGU